UCCAAAGCUGGCCAAGCUCCACCCCCGCUGGAGUGGGGCUGCUGUCCUAACAUAAAGCACCCGCCCGAGAAGUGGCUGGGGGGCGGCCGGCCCAGUAUGCCCCCAUUGGUUGUGUGGACUGGAGGGGCGGAGGAAAAACGCACUGUCUGGCGGGCGGGCAGCCUCGCGCUCACUCCCGCUGUGCCUGCUGCCCGCUACUGCGCCCAGCGGGUAGCGGCACCACAGCGCCCGCCCUACCGCGGACGGUUUUGCGGGAGCAGAUCGCAGAGACCGGGCGCCAGCAAGGAGCUCGAGCGUUUGAGCACGACCCCGGACAUCGUCGCGUCCCAUCCCGCAGGCAAGGUGCUUUGAAGAGCUCAACACACAUCUCUGGAUCUCACCAAAGAAUGUUCAUUUGAGUUCCUUGGAGAAACCUGGCAGCGAGGGUGCUGUGGAGAUGAAAUAAAAGUUCACUUCUGUAUCAUCAUUUGUAUUGUAACGACAUAAACAGCACUUGUUCCUGGGGAACAUCUUGCCCUCCCUGUGUCAGUGGACACCUGAUCUCCUGCUGCUUGUGAUUGAAAACCAAGAGGCUUUGUUGUGCAGAUUAACUUGCCUGAAAUUUGCUGACACUGCCAUGAAAAGAAAAUGCUGAUUCUGUUCUUUUUAACCUCUGUGUGAAACUCUGACUUUUAACAUACUUGUAUGUUCACUGAGCCUCCAUAAAGAUGUCUGAACUUGACUCUUCAUCUGUAUUUUCGGGAAAUGUGGAGAAUGGAACUUUCCUUGAGCUAUUUCCCACAUCCCUGUCCACAUCGGUAGAUCCGUCCUCGGGUCACCUGUCAAAUGUCUACAUCUAUGUGUCCAUAUUCCUCAGCCUUUUAGCAUUUCUGCUUCUGCUUUUAAUCAUUGCCCUCCAGAGGCUUAAAAAUAUCAUCUCCUCCAGUUCCUCCUACCCAGAGUAUCCAAGCGACGCUGGGAGUUCCUUCACCAAUUUGGAAGUCUGUAGUAUUUCUUCUCAGAGGUCCACUUUUUCAAACCUUUCAUCGUGAAGAAAAUGGAAGAUUUCUUGAAUGCUGCAACAGCUUCAGUUUUCCCGCCAGGGAAGUAUCACAUCUGAGCUGUUAUCUCAUGAAAGAAGUGACACUUUUGGGUUUUUUUUUCAACCAAUCAGAUCUGGUCCUCCUCCUUCACUUCUGAUUUCUUUUUCUGUUCAUUUGAGAGUAGAGAAGCUGAGUAGGCAGAAAUGCAUGUAAAUGUUAAGAUGCAAAGUUUCACACAGGUCACGAAACGAGCCUGGAGCUGGUUUCUUCAAGGUGGUUCACUUCCUCCCACUCUGCUGGACACCUGAGGCAGCUUACCUGGUGAAGCCUCACAGUGGGCCAAGAACCUGUCUGCUUUUGUUUCUAAGGCCGUGAGGCCAACUGAGCCAGCAGGCUGACAAGAUGAAAUCUAAACUGUUCAGGAGACAUUUUCCAUAUUUGAAAGAAAGUGGAAAUACCCAAUUUUAAAAAGUCCCUCUAGAUUUAAUGUAUAAUAUUUCUAAAACUGGAGUCAAAAAUAUGUUAAAUUGUUUUUUAUUUUAUUUCACUUUAACAAAGGAAACAUCACAGAUAUGCAUAAAUUAAAUGAGAUUUGGAAAAGUUUUGGAAGAGUUUAUUUUUUAAUAGCAGGUCAAAUAUUUGUUGUCAUGCAGCUUGUAAUGUAUUUCUGAUUCUUGGAUUAUUUUUAAUUAUUAUUUCUAUUAUAGUCAGAACACCCAACACUAGUGGGAAUCUUUGUGAUAAUCUGUUCCUAUUACUUAUACAACAUCAGAAGAGACACCAAGAAUUCUCAGUGAGAAUUAAGCAUAUGGAAAAUAUUCAUUUUGUUGUGUUCUGUACAGUAAUUAACUCCUAGUAGUCCUGUAAAUGUGUUCCUUUAGUCGGUUUCCUGCAUUGCAAGAUUCUAUUAAGGCUCUGAGAUGUCCUAUGUUUGUUUAUUCAUUUAAGUUGCAAACUUAGACACUAAAUUACUAAUAUACAUGUUGUUAUAUACUCCAUGAAUGUUACAUAUAUUUAUAAUUGGUUACUGUAUGUUAAGGAAAUAGUCUGCAUUAGAAUUCCAGGACAGAGGUUUAUAUUAAAAGUUGUAGAAAGUGAAGGUGUUAAGCUGCUAGGAGCUUAGGGAUCCUGAGAGUUGCUACACAGUGGUGAAGCCACACACAUCUAAAAUGAGGCAUAUAUGUGAGUACAGACAUGGAAUGUGGAGAAAAUCAAGCUACCCUUAAAAAAAAAAAAAAAAAGCAGACCAACUACAGCCCCUUAAGAGUAUACUUUUCAAUUCAUUUUCAAAAUAAAUAGCCCACCGCAUAAACACUGAAUUUAUUCAGCCUCUAAGCCCACUGUACUCGCAUGUCCGUCUUCCCACGGCAACCAGGUCAUUCUUGUUCCAAACCUUUACGAAACUAAAGUAGUGCAGUUUCAAUACACCCUUUGGUUUGAUUGUAUAGGCAGUACCCCCCAGUAACCAGAGGGGAUAAAGAAUUUACCAUUUUUCUCAGGGUGUACUUGUGACUCUGCCAUUUAAGAAGGCCAGGCAAGAUCAGGACUGGUAAUGAGGAACAGGUGCCUUCCUUUGUUCAAUUCAUAAGUCUCUUAAAUCCAGAACACAAUGAACUAUUUAUAUAUCAAAAAUGUCCCUUAACAUCAUAAGACCUGAACAGAGUUGUUGCUCUGAAAUGCGUAAUUAAGAAAAACUUCCCUCUACUGCCAUUUUGAACUAUCCUGCUCCUGAGCUAUACAUCCCUCUGCUGCCAAGGAAAGUGUGGCAGUGUAUUGGAGGGGUGUGAAGUAUUAAAGCUGGGCUGGAAGUACACUGCUACUUUAGAUUUCUGUUAGCAUCCUCUGAUAAUAUACCGUGUGUCUACACACAUUCACACACCCUCAAUGAUAAAACUAUGUGUGUGUAUUUUCACCCACUCCCAAUUAAAAGCUGUGUGGAAGCUACUCAGGAUUACAGAGGCAUCUAUAUUAUUACUUUUGCUCUUUAAUCAGUUUUGUGAGGCCUGGUUACUGAGGGAGGAAAAGGACAUGGAUAGAAUGGUUUUGAAAAAUCAAUGAACAAAUGUCCACAAAACAGGACAUCCUGUAUAUGUAUGGCAUGUCCUAAGGGAUAACUUUAUGCUCUUUCCUUCUGGAAAAGAUAAAGAGACUUCUGAAGGUAAAAUGAUUAAAAAUAAAUCUUGUAGGAACACACCA